CUACUGUUCUCCCAACUUGCGGAGGCGGCUCUGCCCGGGACCAGAGAUCCCUCCGUGGAGGCAGAGAGCGGGAAAGGCCGCCGCAGGCUCCCGUCCCAGAGACGGACGCGCCAGGUCGUCCACUCGCGUCCCUCACCACCUCCGGGGCCCGCGGGACGCACCUCCAAGACCAGCAGGUUUGCACAUAUCUGAUCGCAUUAUGGGGUUGCUGGACAGACUGUCGGGGCUGCUGGGCCUGAAGAAGAAGGAGGUCCACGUUCUGUGCCUGGGGCUGGAUAAUAGCGGCAAAACAACCAUCAUCAACAAACUCAAACCUUCCAAUGCUCAAUCUCAAGAUAUAGUUCCAACAAUAGGAUUCAGCAUAGAGAAAUUCAAAUCAUCCAGUUUGUCUUUUACAGUGUUUGACAUGUCAGGUCAAGGAAGAUAUAGAAACCUCUGGGAACACUAUUAUAAAGAUGGACAAGCCAUUAUUUUUGUCAUUGAUAGUAGUGAUAGAUUAAGAAUGGUUGUGGCCAAAGAAGAACUUGAUACUCUUCUGAAUCAUCCAGAUAUUAAGCACCGCCGAAUACCAAUCUUAUUCUUUGCAAACAAAAUGGACCUUAGAGAUGCAGUGACAUCUGUAAAAGUGUCUCAGUUGCUGUGUUUAGAGAACAUCAAAGAUAAGCCAUGGCACAUUUGUGCUAGUGAUGCCAUAAAAGGAGAAGGAUUGCAAGAAGGUGUAGACUGGCUUCAAGAUCAGAUCCAAGCUGUGAAGACCUGAAAAGAUAGUAUUUGGAAACCUCAACAAUUGUCAAUUCAAGGAAUAUAGCUUAAGGCAAACUGAAUACAUUAAACUUUUUAAAGAUGUUGGUACAUCUAAGAAUACUUUAUAAUCUGCUUGCAUUUAUGGACUCUGAAUAAAGUUUAUAAGAAUUUAAGAUUUCACAUAUGCUAAUCUGGCCAUUAAUUAUAUGAAAAUAAAUCCUCAGAAAGGAUCCCCAGAAUAUCAACCUCUUGGUAAAGGUCUACACUUGUUCGUAAUGAGAAUGUAAAAUCCAUCUCAAUAUCUCAUCGUGAAUUAUGAUAUCUUCAGUGUAUUUUUUAAUUGUCUUCAAAAAAGCUUAUAGUAUGACUGCAAUGGGAUUGUGCUUGUGAAAAAGAACUUUAAAUAUUUAUAAGGGACCAUGGGUGACUAAUGUAUAUUAGAUUUUUACUAUAUGUCACCAUCAAUAAAACAUAAAAUGUAAUGUA